CAGUACAAUCACAAAGCUGUGGCGCGUAAGGUGGUCUCACCAAGAUGGCGGCGAUCGAAAAAAUCUGGCUUCAAAUUUUGGCGCGUGAAAACAAUAGGUUGCUCGAUCCAGUCUUUUUUUUAGAUCAGUGCAACGACAUUUGUUUUCUAUAAUAAUGACGACCCAACUUUAUUAAAAUCCCUCUCAGCACACCUGUGGUUUUUCCCUAGAUUAGUUGAUGACGUAAAUUGGAGGCGACGCCCAAAUAAUUCGCGCUGAAAGACAACAAAUAUCACAAAAUGGCUAAGCUACUUGAGACGACGUCGUUUCAAAAUGGAUACCGUCAUAUCCCAGUUGUCCCGUUUCCCUGGUGCCACCCGUGAAACACGGCCUCUGAUGUGCAGCACCGUCCAGCAGUGUUGGCCCUUUUUUCGUACAGAGGCCCGGCUGGGAUUGGACGCUGCGUUUGGAUCUGUGGCCCAUGUUUCCCGUAACGACGCCAAGUGACAGAAUGACUCACACUUCCAGAUUAAAUCUGCUCGAUACUGUGUCAAAGGCUGGAAGACCCAACAUCUUGACCUUCCUGCGGUUGCACGUGAACAUUGUACAUCAUGCGAUGGAGGACGUUGCCAAACCCCAGCAACGGCCAGAAGACAACAAAAGGACCUUAUUUUCCUGGCCUGGGUCACAGCAUGGAGACCCCGAUGACUCCACACCUGGAACAACACCCAGAAGACCCGCUUGGCCUGCGAGCGUGCACGUUGCGUGCUUGUGUGACUGACGGGAAGACAGGGGUCGCCACCAAGGAGCCAUGCAAGGAGGCAUCCAAGGUGCAGCGAGUACGGAAGCGGGGAGAGACCGCAUCCACCUUUGACCCCUGCCCUCGCCCCGUUUGAGUGGGGUUGCCGCAUGGGGUCCCGAUGCCGGCCGCCGCUGUGAAGCCCUCCUUGGCGGGGAAGAAGACCACAGAGGAUGAAAAAGGCGGAGGAGCGUCGCUGCCGGGCCGCGUCCCCCUGCUGGCGCCCCCCCGGGAGCUGCUGCAAUGUUUCCCACACUCCAAGCGUGUGGGCUCCUACCUGGUGGGCAAGAUGAUCAACAAGGGCUCCUUCGCCAAGGUGAUGGAGGGGCUCCACCUCGGCACGGGAGAGAAGGUGGCCAUCAAGGUGAUUGACAAGAAGAAAGCCCGCCAGGACGCUUAUGUGCAAAAGAACAUGAAAAGAGAACCUCACGUCCAUCAGAUGAUCCGACACCCUCACAUUGUCGUCCUGCUGGAGACUCUGGAGACGGAGAACAGCUUCUACAUGGUGAUGGAGAUGUGCGCCGGGGGGGACCUGAUGGACCGCAUCUGCGAGAGGAAGAGGCUGCAGGAGAGGGAGGUGCGCCGCUACGCCCGGCAAAUUCUCUCGGCGGUGGAGCACCUGCACAAGCACGGCAUUGUGCACAGAGAUUUAAAGAUUGAGAACUUCCUGCUGGACGAGCACAACAACAUCAAGAUCGUCGACUUUGGCCUGAGCAACACCCUGAAGGCGGAGUCUUUGUCCUCUGAGCUGCUCACCACUCAGUGCGGAAGCCCCGCCUACGCCGCCCCCGAGCUGCUCGCCCACAGGAAGUACGGACCCAAGGUGGACGUCUGGUCCAUAGGCGUGAGCAUGUUUGCCAUGCUGACUGGGACGCUGCCCUUCACCGUGGAGCCGUUCAACAUCAAACAUCUGCACCACAAGAUGGUCACCGGCGACAUCAACAGCAUCCCCGACGACGUCAGCACAGGUGCCGCAACGUUUGUGAUGUCUCUCCUGGAGCCGGACCCCGAGAAGAGACCCAGCGUCCGGGCGGCCAUGCAGGCGAGAUGGAUCAACGAGGGCUACGCCAAGAGGCUGCGAAACGCACUCUCACACAAUAACAGGUUGCGCGAGGAGGAUCUGGACGCGUCCGUGCUGGCGUACAUGACGGAUGAGCUGGGCUACUCGCGCUCGGAAACCACGCACACGCUGACGACCAACCGGCCCUCCGCCAUCAUGGCGUCCUAUCACCUGUUGCUGGCCAAACAAAAGAGGAGCCUGGCAGGGGUGAAGAUCCACCAGAGUGACAGCUCCAAGCCGCCAAUCAGACGCCCCAAGGCUCGCCAAGUGGCGGAGAGCCGGCGCGUAAGGACGAGACCAGAGCGUCCGCACGAUGAGGAUGAACGAGAAGAUGAUGACAAUCGUCGCCCGUCUCCCUCUCUUCCUCCUCUCCUCUGCGCCGCCUCCCGGGAAGCCACUGACGAGGAGACGGCCGCCAUCUUGGUCACCAGAGAGGCUCUGCUUCCUGACGACAAGGAAGUCAUCCAUCUUUCUCCUCCUAAAACUUCUGUAUCGCACCUCUGUGACUCCGCCCCCUUACCUGCUGAGCCAUUUGGAGACAGCGGCACCUCAGGAGCUGUCCAACAAACGCAGCAUCUCCGGACAACGUAUUCAGACGGUGGUGGAGGCCACCAUGCGGCCCAGGGCCUCCUCAGGUUGAACACGUUGGAGAAAAGCGGCGCUCCUCCCAGAAUGCACCUGGACGACCACGCACGGAGAGCCCCGCCCACCACGCUGCCCCGCCUCCGCCAUCAAGGGCUGAAAGAAGGUCAUGGCAGGAAGGUGGUGUGGGUCUCUGGCUCCACUGGACUCCAGGUGAACGGCUCCAAAACCCUUCCCUCGGAGAGGCACCCUCUGGUGGUGAGGGGACAGCGGGGGGAGCCAGCAGGGAGGACGGCGGCAACGGUUGGGUCCAAGAGGAACUCUGGCCAAUUACGCUCUACCCCACGCCGACGGGUAACGGACGUCAAUCUGCCGCUACUUCCUGCCGCGCUGCAGAGGAAGACGGACAGGAAGCUGCACAGCGUGAACUACUGACACACACGUAGCGAUGCUAACCAUCACGUCGCCGUCCUCGUGGGGACAAAGACUAGAAGGGACGCGUGGAAAAUAGUUACAAUACCAACAAAAGGUGAGUUUACAGCAGGCUAGAAAAUGAUGCUAACUAUUAUUCUGAAUUAUUAGAACUCUCAACCAAACUGAAGGUUUCCACGUUUACACGCGAAGUCAGCAGGGGGCGAGUUACUGUACUUCCUUAGCGAUGCUAACUACGUUUACUGCGGUGACAUCUUCACGAUGAUCCUGACUCACUGGCGCCUCCCUAGGAAUAAAAUGGUAUUACAAGGCAAUACCUUUCAUUCCAUACAUUUUAGUCAAUCUGCUAAAAUGAGCCUCCCAUGCAGUAAAUAUUGUUAUCACCAGCAUUUAUAAGCUCUAAUGCCAAAUAUAAUAUAUACAUACAGUAUAUACAUAUUAGGGGUGCACGAUAAUUAGGGUGGUGAUAUGAGGGAAUUAUGAUGUCAUACCGAUAAAGCCGAUAUCAUGAAAAAUAGCUCCGACAACCGAUAAUUUAAAAAAGGGCUCCUAUGAGGCGAGAUUACCCGUACUGUGCUGGUGAGAUAAUCAAGCACUCCUUUUUUUCUCCUGCCUGUGACGUUAACGGCCUGUCGUAACUUCCCCUGAGCUCACUUGGAAACAAGCACUCACUUUCCGAGGAAGACAUUUCACAUGCUAGUUGUACCAAAGGCUCCGCAAUGAUGGGAAAAAAAACAUCGAGCACACAAAAAACCUUAUCAUCACCUGAAACGCCAGCACCGUG